CAAGACGGAAAUUUAUCACGAGAAAUCCUUUGAUGUUUUAAUAGGAACAAUAAAAAUGAACAGAUUAGCCUCCGCAUAUGGGAAUGUAAUAUGUAAUUUUUAUACUUUUAGCGAUCGUUCUCCUCCAAUUAGUCUGUCAUGACGUUGGAUAUUUACAUUUUUCAUGGCCAUCUUGACUUUUGGGCCUGCAGUCGGCAAAUUAGCGACGAAGCCCCCAAAAAUUUAACAAUUUCUUUCAUCUAAGCCACUUUCACUGAAAGAGGUGAAAAAGCUUUUAAGAAACGUUUUCUUUUUUAUCAUUCAUAAUAUAGACUAUUAAUCCUCUUAAAGUUCAGAAAAACUUCUGUGUUGGUAAAUUUUUGUUUAUACGUUUCAAAGUCAGCCGGCUUACUUUGACACCCAACCUCCCCCCCCCCCCCCACCCUUCCCCCGACCGGCAAAACUAAGCGAGGAGGACAACACUGAUGUGACACAAUCGCUGUUUUAUACUUUGACUCGUCUACCGUAAAUACUUGAUUGUCGCUCAGCUUAGGAUAGCGCUUUCCUCCCUUAACCUUACUACUGAUGGUGCGUUUGAUAGAACUUAUCCUAAAGGAAAACAUUCUGGAUGUAAUAUAUCAAACAUGAGAUGCAGUGUUUCAUCACCAGAUGAAACACCGAGAAGAGAGUUGAAAAUACGACGCGCAGCGGAGUAUUUUUGACGAACUUCGAGGUGUUUCAUCUGGUGAUGAAACACUGUGUCGAAUGUUUGAUAUUUCUUCUCAAACAAAAUCAUUUUUGAAGGAGAAAUUAAGGAUGCAAAUACUAAGCAGUGUUUCAUCCGAUUUCCAAACACUCAUUAAAAAUUAAUUUCCUUUGUAUUUUCUUAAUGAAUUAUUAAUGAGUUUGAGAAUACUCUUUACAAAAUCUAUCGUUCCGUUUUCAAAGAUGAUACAAAGAUGGCGAAAUGGAAAAAGCAAUGAUCAACAUUGUUGACAGGAGAUAAAUUAUUAUUUUUUGGUUUUAAUUUGUUACGUUUUGUUUCGUUUUAUUUUGUUUAUUUGUUUUUUUUUUCUUUUGUAGAAGACAUUCUAAAGCAAUAUGUAAAGGACGAAAAUUGUCAUUAUCAUUUUCCUUUUUCCUUCAUAAACAGCAAUGUUGGCCAAUAUUCAUGCGGUUUAAAUUCUAACGAAUUGUAUAUGAGUUUCGAAAUUAAAAAAAAAAAUCGUUGUUAUGUGUUCAAGUCCUCCAUAAAACGUAAAAUUUGGCAGUUUUACGCCUUGGACGCACUGUGACGGUAAAGCACUGGGAUGUUACUAAAAAGGGAAACGGAGAGCAGGGAACGAGAAAAGGGAGAUGGGAAAAUGAAAAGUGCGAACAAAACAGAGAUUUUGAAGGGUUGAAGUUAGGUUUUGUUCCCAUAACAUUUAACCCCCCCCCCCCCCGCCCCCCCACAAAAAAAAAUUGCAGAAAGCAAUAAUUAAUACUGAACGCCCCAAAAAAUCCGUUCUUAAAUUAAGCUACCCAAAACAAUUCUUACCAAAAUUCUCCUACCCCAAUAAAAUCCCGAAUUCGAAAAUUUCAAACCCCAAAAAAUCCUUCCAUCAUUCCUGUCACUUGAAAUUCGGAGACCCCCCCCCCGGGUGCAGCACGUGCAAAGUUGUUAUUCUGCCGAUACCAACCUUUUGCUUUUUUGUCCCUCUCUUUGCCUUUUUGCUUGUUGAUAACCCACAACGUCUGCCAUUAUUCUUGUUGUCGUUGGAAUUAUUCCGUUUUAUGCUCCCAGAAGCAUUCAAAGUAACAGUGAAAACAAUAAGAAAAAGAUAAAGAUUACACACGAUAUCACGUAUUCGUAUCCCAAAAUGAGUUUAAUGGAACGAAUCCUAAGCAGGCUCCCGUGUUUGUUUUGUUAGGAAACCUCGUAUACGGCCGCUGGUUUCUAGACGGUAGUGAUUCAGAUGUAAGGUUAGUAGCGGUUAUACAUAUCUAGUUUGUUCAAUUAAUGUUGGGGGCGGGAGUGGGCGGGAGAGGAAGUGGCGUUGGAUUCUUAUACCUUACCCCUAUUUUGGGAUGUCGGGUUUUUUUGCAACCGAUUUUGCGCGAAAACCUCUUCUUUGAUUCUUACUUUUUUCUAACUCUUAAAUAAAAUUUCAGAUCGAUCAUUUCAUAUGACAUCCAGGUUUCAGCACUGCUUCAAACUUAUGCAUUUGCAUUUCUGACUGCUGCAGGGGGCAUUAUACUCUGCGUUGACCGGUUAAAUUUUUGUCUCAUAACGUAGGAUUAUAUGGGAGGAUAAAAUAGUGGCUUGCAUGUUACUAUAAUAGGUAAUUCUUUUUUAUUCACAGCUAGAUUCUAUUCAUUGGUUUUUGUGAUCUUACAGGUAUUUUGGUACUGUUAACCAUAUUGAAGGCUGGUGUCCUGGAAGCAAAGCAGCGAGUUUCAGUCAGAAUGGUUCCUAUGCUACUGUGCCCAACAUUAACAUAAGAACCUGUGACUUUACAAUUGCAUUUUGGGUAAAGUACAUUGGUGUUGACGGGCCUAUACUGGCACUUUGGACACAGGGUGGAAAACUAUUUUACGUUACAGUCAAGAAAUCCCGUCUUCGUUUAUCGAUAGACAACACUUUCCACUUACAAAUCAGUUACUGGAAUCACGUAGCAGUAACUUGUCAGCUGCAUAAGAUCAAGGUGUUCGUUGAUGGUACGGAGGAGCCACUGAUAGACCAAUGGAAUGAGCAUUUCUUCUCAUCGUUAGGCCUUUAUCAGCCAAAGUACAUCAUAGGGAAUGAUCCAGGUUUAGUCCAGAUGCCAAUGGCAAAUGGGGUGUUUGUUGGAGCAGUCAUGGAUCUUUAUGUGACUGGAAUAGCUUUAUCUACGAAGCAGAUUGGUGACUUAGUUAAAGGUGAGAGUAGUAUCCAUUAAAGGGUAAGUCGUAUUCUUCGACUGCAGUCUCAAAUCCUCAAUAGAGGUCUGUUGAAUGUUAAAAUACGUAUAUUGUUCUUUUACAGUCUUUACUUGACAAUAUAAGGGCAGCUCGGAACUUUUAAAAAAUGCAAGCUUAAUUAUUAACGUUAUGCGUGGAAAUAAAUAAUUAAUCGUAGUAUUGUUUUCAUUAUUUAAAGGCAAACCAAUUACACCCGUGAUAAACAAGGGAGAGUCGAAAAUACAUGGUUGCAAAGUCAAUGUAACGUGGAGUAGAAAAGAAAUAUGCACUAUAACAAAGAGCAGUGUACGCUUUAGGGAGAUAAAGCCACUAGGCAUUGAAGCUGAAUGGACAGAACAUAGGGUUCCUUCAACCACCUUUCAUCUUUUGUCUCUAGAAUGCGACAAAGAGUAUGAAAUUGGCGUGUCUUCCUGGUUUGGAAAAGUUCAAAGCGACUGGUCAGUUUCUUGGAAAUUUAAAACCCGCUCUACAGGUGCGACAUUACCUUAUGUAUGUGUAAUAAUAGCUGAUAGGUUUUGGUAUUGGCACCUAACCAUAUCCAGUUCAACCUCUGCUUUGGGUCCACAAUAGCCGGGUUCUGAAAUCCCGCCUUCCCGCUAGUUUUUUCCUCUUAAUUCCGCUAUCCCGCCUGUUUUUACGUCCGAAUCCCGAUCCCGCCUAGUCUGCUACACAGGCACAAAGUUUGUGGGGAGGAGCGUUGUGUGACGACACUAAAAACUGCUGUGUAGCAGACUAGAUCCCGCCCUAAUUUCUUUACGAGUUUCCUGCUUUCAUUAUUGAAAUAUUAAAACGUUAUACAAUGUUUAAGACUUGCUUUCUUGCAAUAGGCAGUUUUGAUGUUUUUAAAUCAAGAGCCUUAAAGGCUCUUGACAUAACCAUUAAUAGCCUGGGAUCAGGCUCCGUAGUGGUGAAAAAAGGCAAAAAACGGGAUCAAUUCUUUUCUCCCUUUUUCCCCAAGGCGGAGCCUGGUCCAAGGCUAAACCAUUAACGACUGUAACUUCAUUUUCUGUUUUGCUUAUUGUUAUUUUGGGGGAGCACUUCAGAACAAAAAAGAAGGCUUACUUCGAUCUGAGUUGUGGCCAUUUGGAAACAUCCAGUUGAGUUGGAUUGAUGGAUGUUUUGAUUGAUUUACUGCUAGGUUGCAUUAGUUGAUGAACCCAGUUGUCUUCGCUGACAACGGCUCAUGGAAAGUGUGUAUGGACACACUGGUUGGACAAAUUGAUAGAAUGUUCGCUUUUGUGGAAACCCAAACCUAGACAACCCCAUGCAGAAAGCUUACUUUUCCACCCUUCUUGCCCUUGGUCCUCGAUUUCUUCCUCUUUUUUAUAUAUUGCUACUUGUACUCAUUCGUGUUUAAAAUCUCUGUACUUUCUUCCAUUCUUAAAUCCGCUCAAAAAUAGGUGCGUGUGACCUGCAAUAGUUUGCAAACCAGUCCUUUUUGCUCACAAUCGGUUUUAAAAGGUGCGAAGUACAGGCGAAGACUGUGUAAAAUUAACCGCGUAUUUUUGGCGUCUCUCCCUAGUCUAAUUCGUUUUUUGGCCUCACUCGAGACCUUUCCAUUGACCGUUCGCGCACACCGUCAGUUACCAAGUAACGAAACAAGACGAAAACACUCAAAGGUGAUAAUGGAUAAAACUGACAGGCUUAAUUUCCUUGGCGACUAGUAGUUCCUAGUACAUGGGCGGUGUACACAAAGAAGUCAAAAUGUGGUCACAACAAAAUUUAAUUCCCGUAUCCCGCUACUUUUCCCUUACGAUUCCCGCAUCCCAACCCAAUGAAAAUAGGAAACCCCGCUCCCUCUCAUUAUCAAAAUUCCCGCUUCCAGCUCCUUUUUUAGCUCGCAUCUCGAGUAUCACCACCAAAAACAGCCAAAUCCCGCAUUCCGCCAAACUUGUGGACCCUUUCUGCUAGGGGUAGACCUCUAGGAAAGUAGACACCCCCUUUCAGCUCCCUAAUAAGCAAAGUGGGCAGCAAAACAGAUCAAGACGGAAAUUUACCGCAACAAAGCCCUUUGAUGUUCAACAACAAUAAAAAUGUACAGAUUAUAGCCUCCGCUUAUUGGAAGUUUAUCAUUCUGUAACGUUCAAACAUUAAGGGACUGUUCUUCUGUAAUAAAUAGCCUGUCACGACGCUGUAUGUUCAUGGCCAUCUUAAUUGGCCUGCAUUUCUACAUUUGGCAAAUUGACGGUGAAGCUGGCAAAAAGAGACCAGUUUCAAUAUAUCAAAAGUCAAACUUUGGGGGAAUAAAAUAAAAUAAAUGUAUUAUUCAUUGUUGUGCCUCAAGUAUGAAUUUGAACAUAUCAAAAUUGUUCUACAGUAUUUAACAUUUUCUUAUUUCCAAACCACUUUCAGUGAAAGAGGUCAAAAAGGUUACGUCAAAAAGGUUACGUUAACACGGUACCGGUCGAAUUUUCAACCGGAACCGUUCUACAUUUUUGCGCUGUUCACACGGAACUGUCGAGCUGUAAUAUUUCCAAGCAAAGUGAGUAAUAACAUGACUCGUAAAUCCACGUUCGCUGGUUCCUGUUUUGGUAUAUACUUCAUGGUGGAAAUUAAGCCACAACUGCACCAGUAAUAUACACUCUGUGUAAUAUGUAGUAUUGUGUCUUCUCACUGAUAGUCAGUAGUAGUUACCUGUAGUUACUAGUAGUUAUUAAUAGUUACUAAUAGUUACUGGUAGUUGCUAGUAGUUAUAUUAGUAGUAGUUACUUGUAGUUACUGGUAGUUGCUAGUAGUUAUUGGUAGUUGCUAGUAGUUACUAGUAGUUACUUGCAGUUACUAGUAGUUACUGGUAGUUACGAGUAGUUAAAGGUAGUUGCUAGUAGUUACUGGUAGUUAGUUGUACGUAGUUACUAGUAGUUACUGGUAGUUAUUAGUAGUUAAAGGUAGUUACUAGAAUUUACUUGUAGUUACUAGUAGUUACUGGUAGUUACUAGAACUUACUAGUAAAUGCUAUUAGUUACCUAUUUUCCUCUCUUUUUCCAGCUGAGUAACCACGCAUCCAUGAAGCCACGCCUUUGCCAUGCAAAAAUUUUGCCGGUCACGGUAAUAUUUUGUAUUCAAAACAGUAGCAAACAGGUAACCAAUGUAGCUCGCGAAGCAGAGGCGUGAUAGGGCACGACUUUCGGGCCCAGUAAAUUAAGCGAGCACUACCAUUUAGAGAACAAAUCUUGUGUAUAAAUAGUAAACAAAAGCGGUCGGACACAAGAACCUUGAGGGACACCCCAUUUUAAGUCAAACGGCUGCGAGAGCGUCUCCUUUAUGCAGAUUCUUUAAGAUCUCCCUUCCAAGUACGAUUUGAACCAGGAAAGAGCAGUACCACAGACACCUAGUAUCAUUUGAAGCGAUUGUAGUAAAAUCCCAUGCUCAACGGUGUCGAAGGCGGCACUUAAAUCCAGCAGUAGUAAGAGAGAUAUAUUGUCCUUGUCCACAUUCAUUAGUAGAUCAUUCGUUACCUUGAACAAUGCAGUCUCCGGACUGUGAUGGGAGCGAUAAGCAGAUUGCAAUUGAGGGAAUAGAUUAUUUGUAAUCAUGUCACAAACUGCAAGUUGUUUAUUAGACGAAAAUUCUUGAACAGUAGAUCGAGGCAGGGCUUUUUUAAUGAUGGGUAUACCACAGCAGUUUUCCAGGUUUCAGCAAAAUACCCAGUCUGCAACGAGGAUCUGAGAUCUGAGAGGCCAACACACGCUCUGUCAAUUUAGACACAAACUGCAAGUUGCUUAUUAGACGGAAACUCUUGAACAGUAGAUCGAGGCCGGGCUUUUUUAAUGAUGGGUUCCAGGUUUCAUCAAAAUGUCCAGUCUGCAAGGAGAGGUUGACCAUAUUAGUGAUGGCGGGAAGGAGUGAGUCUUAACAUGAAGAUGCAAGAUUUGUUCUUUCCAGGUGUAAUCAUAUGACGAACUAUCUCAGUCAGGCUUGGCACUGGAAGUGGGAAAAUACAAUAUCACCAGAUUCAGAUUCCAGGUUGGGCUCGGGCGUUGACAGCAAGAAUGCCGUUCAGCUUUGACCUGAUACUGGUAAUCCUGGCAAUAAAAAAACUGACCCAUAUUGUUUGCAAGAAGUGAAAAAGAAUGUGUGGAAGAGAUCGAUCUUUCUUCAUAUUCAAUAAACUCUUACUUGCCGCGAAAAGCCUCCUCUGAUCUGUGCUGUUAUCUUCGAUAAACUGAUUAUAGUAAACACGGCGUGCCUCAUUCACCAAAUUCACCACACGAUUUCUUUCCUUCUUAAAAGCGACAAUAUCAACAGGUUGUCUUGUAGCUCUCCACGUCUUUUCAGCAUUUCGUCUCAAGCGUCUGGCAUUCCUAAUAUCUUCAUUGAACCACGCAGCAAGAGGCCUGACAUUAAUGUCACGAGUUAAGACAGGUGCAUACAUAUCCAGUUGAGAUCGUAACGACUCAUUAUAACAGCUGUCUAGAGAGUCUAAGGCGUUAGGUGGAUCAUGAUUAAGCUGAGAAGAAGGAAUGGCCUCAGAAAAUUGGAUGGGGUUAAUUGAUUUCAUUUUCCUGAACUGCACAUGCGUGACAUUAGCUUGAGGUCUAUCAGAUCUUAUUUGACAGAAGACUAGAAAAUGGUCGGAGAAUAACUCACAGCAAUGAAUGUUAUCAGAUGUAGGAGUGAUAAUCAAGUCAAGUGUAUGACCAAGUUCAUGCGUAGUAGACUAACAUGCCGCGUGAGACCCAUCGACUCCAUUAUAUCCGACCGGUAGGUCGACCAUACGGAUGUUAAAAUCGCCCAAAAUUAUCAAGGGCUCUCUUGACAUGACCAGAGACUCGAGGUAAAAUCAGUAAAGGGCUCACUGAAAAAUGUGGAUGUGGUCACAGGAUGUUUAGCAGAAUAUGGAGGCCUGUAAAAUGUAACGAGUCGUAAACGAGAAGUAGUUCCUAGGAAACUUAGUCCGUUUAUAAGUUUACUAGGAAACUUAUUCCCACCAUGUUUUUACAUCAACAGUUCUUUACAUUGAUGAUUCUUUGUAUCCCUCAGUGACCAGAGAGGCUCUUACAAUUUUGCUCUCUCACAGGUGUUCCCAUACUCUGGAUAGUGUUGGGAGUUUCCGUGGCUCUUUCUGCUUUGGUGGUGGGGAUAAUUGUGUACCGUAAGAGAGCAAAGAGGAAUGAACGGUAUUUCAUAUUUCUAUAGGAAUGAUUAAGAUGUAUUAUGAUAAUGAUAUGCAUGCGGAAAUAGACGAUAUUUUUCCUGUGUAACUGUCUGUCUUGAAGUGUCCGUCUCACUCUGUCAAUUCGCGCUGAUGAGUGACCUUCCUUACACACCAAGGCGAUGUAACUUUUAUCACCUUGUAUGAACUAGGAAGCCAUCUCUGAUUUUAGCAUUACCACAAGCCCAUGAUUAAUGACGCCGAAUUUUAUUAUCAUUUAAUUUGCACUAUUUUCUUUAGGUCCAGUGAGUCUGACAUUGCUGAGUUUAUGUUGCUGGAAGUCCCACACGAACGGGUUACUAUCAUGGAGGAACUGGGACGAGGCGCUUUUGGAAGAGUUUAUAGGAGCGUAAUGAGGGGGUUACCUGAAAAGAAAACAUCCUCCAAACCCAAGGAUCACGCUUUGGAUUCGCAUGAGGGACGUAUUGUUGCUACAAAAGUUCUACCAGGUGCGUGAAUUCAGAAUGUGGCAAAAAGAUGACUUACUCUUUCAGCAAACGAUAUUCAAGGGAGUGAUUCUUAUUAAUAACAGGCAAGGGAGCCUCUCUUGUAACAGCGGGUUUGAAUUAUUUAAUCCAAUAGAUAGCAAACAUUAUAUCGUAGAAAACAGCAUCUCAAUGCCCCAGUCGGUAACAGUGUGACGUACCUCAGGGGCCCAUUUUAGAUCCUUAUGUUUUCUACUUAUAUCAAUAACCUCCCUGAAUGUUUGAAAUUUACCACACGUUUUGCAAUGAAUGAAUUAAUGUAGACAUAAAAACCUUCAGUGAGAUCAGAACAUUGAUAAGGUGUGCUCCAAGGUUAGUCGUGUUACAAGUGGUCUUAGACAGGUUCGAGAUUGUGUCACAAUGCACUAAAAAGUAUAUAGCGCUAAUAAAUCGAUGCCCGUGUUCAAGCGAAAACGGAGCGGGCACCUUUUAACAAAACCACGCAGAUAUAAAAAAUGCAAAACAGAGCAGGCUGCAUGAUCACUUCUCAGAGGUGUGACAUGACAACAUAUUAUCUCUUUAAACCAAUUCAAGAUGUCAGUGCAUGCCUUCGUAACGUGUAGAUCGGUCGUUCUCUUAAGUGAUUUUUCGAAAUAUGUUAUUCACAUGUUUCAGUCACUUGAGAACUUUAUCUGAUCGUAUGUGGUUGUAAAUAUGACCACAUUACUACAGCUUUACUUAGAGAACUACAUUGGCUUCCCUUGGAGCAUGAGUAGCGGAUUUUAAAUUAUUUAUGUCUGAGCUAUAAUCAUCAUUUGUUUCAAACUCCUAACAUGUCUGUUAGGAGUUCACGAUCAUCAACCAUGAACUUGUUAAUUAGUGACACCCAGAUCGAGGCUAAAACUUUUAGCGGACGAUCAUGCUUUUUCGUUUUGAGCCAAUAAACUUUGGAAUGAUUCUACAGAGCACAUACAGUAUAAAAUAGAGUUUGGAUAUUCGUUCCUCUAAGAGUAAUCUUAAAGCUUUAAAAACCUCUAAGCGUUAUUUUUAUUUUGUAGUUGUGUUUAACAAUUUUUCUUUUUUGUCAGUGUUACGAGAUACUGCUUUCUAGUCGUUUAAGUUUAAAACAUUUAUUUGAUGACGACGACGGUGAGCUGAAAACCCUCGGUGCAACUCAACUACGAAAGCAUACUGGGAUGUCCUUGUCUAUUCAGAGUCAAUGAAAGUGAGCCAAUUGGAUAGACGCGUUAGGAUUACAAAUGUACACUCAAGGAAAGUCAUAUUACUGGAGAUAAAGUACCCGUGGGUCGAGAAUAGGGAAGCAAUUAAAGAACACAAAACGUGACGUCUAGAAUUAAAGAGAUAAGUUUCCGGACUAAAAGAUCUUCCAGUAUUACAUCAUGUUACACGUCGUGCUUGGUGAUCGCUAGAUGAAGAGAACUAACGGUUUAUCUUUGAAACUGUUUUAUCUACGUCACUUAACUUAGGGAACCAAUUUUUUAACAAACAGAUUUUUUUCUCAAGCAGAAAUUAGGACCUGAGCUAUUGACUGUGUUUUAUUUUCAUAGGUUAAAUAUACUUUCAUUUUAAUUAGUUCCUUUUUUCUUUACAUCUGGUUUUAGUUGUUUAAUACUAACUGAUAUCUUGUAGCAUAUACGUAGGUCACGGUUACCUGGAUUUUUUUAAAAUGUCUUUUGUUUUUUAGAAAAUGCCACGGAGGAGGACAAACAGCAGUUAGUUCGGGAAAUUGAGUUGAUGAAGGAAGUCGGAACACACCGUAAUAUUGUGAGCAUGCUCGGCUACUGGAUCCAAUCACAUCCCAUCAUGUUAAUCAUGGAAUAUGUUCCAAACGGAGAUCUUCUUCAGUGGCUCAGAAACAAAAGGCAACAGGUAUCAUUACUUUAUCAGCCGUAUCAAUAAAAAUUUGCUGGCCUCUUUUUUGCCUUUUGUUUAAAAAAUAUCUUCUCUCCAUUCGCAAUAGGUCUGCGCACAGGCACUAUUUAUAGAACUCAAACUCAGACAAACAAAUUCCUUAAUUUUGUUUGUCUUUUUGUUAUUAAAAUGUCAAGUUUGUCUGACUUUUGUCGUGAAAAUAACAAAAAUGGCAGAUCUCAGACAAACAUGGCAAAUUAGUCACACUGACGUCAUUAGUAUUCUGUGCUGCACUUUCAUUUUCUAAUGAAUAUCGUUCUGGGCGUGUAUGUUCUUUUUCAUAGAUUGUGUGGUCUCUUAAGGCAGAAGGAAAAUCCUCUACCUCAUCACACGUCUAAAAACCAUCAUCUUCAGUAAAAAUGAUAAGAUGGUAAACAACUUGAUGUGAGAAUUUGUACAUGUUACCUAUAAUACAGAGGUGCACUAACUGAAUGUAGAUAUCAAUGCAACCGGAUAUUCGUAUUUUUCCAAACGCGGUUUAUACAGCCAGACUGUUUAGAUGCUAUUCAUGUAUUCGGAAAACAAAGAUCGGUAAAUACACAACAAUUUGUAUUCAACGCUGAGUUAAUAAAGCCAAGCUUGCCCUGGUACGAUCAGUUAAGGUUUCCGGGAAACUGCCCACCUAUCCCUCCCCUAAGUCACAUUUUGCCCUGAGUGAGAAGGUAGUCUUAAUGUUGUCUUAGGAGAGGGGAAGGUGGUCAGAAAACAAAACAAAACAACGUUUUGAGCGUUUACCCCUGGGGGUACUCCCGCCCGAUAGGAUGAGGAUCUCCAUCCUUAAAUAUGGUAAUGUUAUUCUAUCAGGUAAAAUUCAUGUGCGUUAAUGCCCAACACACGAGAAACAAAUCAUAGAUCUGUUAAAACUGGACUUUACCCUAGAGCUGAUUAGGAGCGCGAUUCAAGGAAGUUUUUUUAUGUUUCCUUCAAUUCUUAGGUUUUGUUUUUCCCUUGAACUGGGCCUCAUUUUCCAUGUUUGGGUCUUUAAUAUGAUAUUGGUUUUCGCUUGUCUCAACUAUUCGAAAUUUUUUAGAGUACCCCCCUCCCCCCCAGGUGGGCAUUAACCUUUUCUGGUCAGAAUGAAUCACGGGAUUACUAAUGGUGGAGCUACUCUAUUGUUUGAACAUGGUAACAAGACAAGAAUAGUUUACUUCAAAGAACGCUUUUCAUUCUAGUAAUUUACUUGUUUCUUUUCUCAUUUUCCCAUGUAUUCACCAACAGUUGAGGUCCGCCAUUUGAUAAACCGUCCUUGAUUCGAGCUGACAAAGGGCUUCCACUCAAAAUGCUAGUCAGCUUUUCGAUCCACGGUCUUUCAAUGGUGGCAAGAUGAGUUAUUCAAAUCAGCAGAUAACACCAGAGUUUUGCUUUUCACCCCCGACCGAAGCAGUAGAAAAGUUUCUUUUUGAAAGACGCUUCAAAAUAUUUUGGUGGACAUAAUGAUUGUCCGUCCAGAGUUUCUAAACCGCCGCCGUCUGCUGAGCGGGAGGCCGUAGGUUCAAACCACGGCCGGAGCAACACCCAGGGUCUUUAAAUAACUGCGGAGAAAGUGCUGCCUUUGUAUAACUUCUGCAAACGGUUUGACUUUCUGGUCUUCUCGGAUAAGGACGAUAAACCGUAGGCCCCGUCUGACAAGCCCUUGCACAUGUAUUAAAUCUGUGGGACGUUAAAGAACCCACACACUCGCUCUUCGUGAAGAGUAGGGCUCGUAGUGGCUGUUGUAGUGCUUUAUCUCACUUUCACACUCAUUUAUGGGGGGUAUCAUUACUCAUUCCUUCACUACUUGUAAAAUGCACCUUAAGCAGUCUGGCAAAGUCCCCCAAACAGUAUUGUAAAUUACACAUUACACGUCCCGAAAGCCCUGUAUGAGAUAUGACGUUUAAUCCAUUUGAAUUUUCCGUGGACGCUUUAAAGAAAGUUGGCCCAUAAGGUAUUCCCUCUAUUCCCGGCUAGAUUUUCAGUUUAACGUCGGUUAAGUAAUCUUUCAAUUCACAUGGAUUCCUUUUAAAUUGGUAAAAAUAUUUCGGCUAACCAACUGAUAGUGUUGAAAUUGUUUCUGCUGACAAAACCGUUUCAUGAUCAGACGGAACUCAUUUCAAUAUUUUUUUGCAGUUUACAAUGAAAAAGAGUCGUCAAAGUGAUGUCGUUGCAAGGCUUAAGCCUCCUGUUCCUGAGAGACCGAAAUUGGUGUCCAGGAACCUGCAAACAAAAGAUGUCCUGGAUGAAAACCUGAAAGAGGAGAAGAGCGAAAGAAAUAAUGAAGAAGGUGGAAAAGACGGUGGUUACCAUUGCAGCGAGACGAAGGAAAUUAAAAUCGACCUGGACGACGUUGAAAGAGGAAUUCUAAUCAAAGAUACUCCUCGAUCUGAGAUGGAACCUUCUUGCUUAAACCUGGGUUACGAAGAUGACAAGAAGGAAGAAGAAAGUGACGAUGUUAACACGUCAUUUCAACAAAAUGAACGGCGAAAGGGGUCGGUUACGUCGGUGAUGGUGUUACCUUCGAUCAAUAUUGCCCAUUUCUCCAAAGAAAAGGAGCUCACUCCUGCUGAGGCUUUAAGAAACGUCGAAGAAAAGAUCACCAUCGAGAAAGAAGAAGGCAGCUGUGAGGGCAAGGAAGAUGAUGAAGAAGACAUUUCUGGGAAAGAAGUUCUUUGUUAUGCGUGGCAGAUUGCUAAAGGGAUGGUAAGAACUUUUUCGACUGAAGAAUGUCUUAAGCAAUUUAGUCAUCGUUUGCAAAUCACAAAAAUCUGCCUCUUCCCCAUAUUUAAAAUACUUUACUACUAGUUUUUUCUGUGUCUGCAAGUAUUAUGCUAUCCGGACACGAGACGGCAGAUUUUUCAAGCAUUCAAAUUGCUGCGUUAAUUAUAACAGACCAUUAUAGGGCUAACUACUAUCUCGCUGAAUUUUUCGUGAAACAUAGCACACAUAAAAUUGAGCCGUUUUAUUUUAAAAAAAGGUCAAAAACGUGUUUUUUUUAUAUCCCGAGAAGCCUAAAAAUCACAUGGAGCAGCCGUGAAGCUACCUAUUGCAAAAUCAGGUCUGUUCGUAUUUUCGAAAAGGUGUCCAAUGAAUACAGCCAUAUGACCUGAAUAAGGCUAAGCUAUCAGUUAUUUAAUUUGAAUCGUACAAGCCUGACAUUCAGGGACGUUGCCAGCUUUUUGGCUAGUUGUAGGCCUGGCUGACUUUCAUUUCCACAUAUCCUGAAAAUUGCACGCAUGACCAGUACGCACUGACCUCACCAACACUUUGAGCUCUUGUGUUUUUUCAGCUGACUCCAACAACGCAUAAUUUGUUACAAGCGGUAGAGUGAUCAACCCAAAAAUUUGAAGGCCCGGGCCUACAGGGCUGUGCGCUGGCUACGCCCCUGAGAAAAGAAGGGAAGUAGAGGAAAGAAAAAGCAAUGAUUAAAUUUGUGUUGGGGACUGGAAGACUGAGCAGCAAGGACUUCCUAGUUAAAUACUCCCGUAAUCGGAAUCUUGGAAAGCACAAUAAACGGUCUGCAAGUGGAACUGAUGAUUAAAGCUAAGGGAUUGCUUUUUGUAAACGGCCACCAUGAUGGUAUUUGCUAACUAUUGUAAGCUCAAUUGGUAUACCGUAAAAUUCCGAAAAUAAGCCCCGGGGCUUAUAUUUUUCAAAGGCCAUUUUGAGGGGCUUAUUUUUUGAGGGGCUUAUAUUCGAAGGGGCUUAUCUAAGGAGGGAAAUUUGCGUUUCAAAAUCGAUCGGGCUAGCCUUAUAGUUGGAAGGAAAUUUACCGUUUUUUCUUUGUUUUUCUUUUUAUUUAAGGGCAAUUUCCAAGUACAAGCUCCCCGGGGGGCUUAUAUUUGGAGGGGUGAUUUAACGGAGGAUUUUUUGCGUUACGAGUUUGGGGGGCUUAUAUUUGGACGGGCUUAUACAUGGAGGGGCUUAUUUUCGGAAUUUUACGGUAUCUUCUGGCUCAGCUGGAUAUUUGGCUUUUGGGUUUAGCAAAUAACUCCCUCCUGGUGAUCCGCCUCUAUCAAUUGCUGUUUAUUCAUUAGUAUAAACGAACCUUUUUUAACGAAAAAAAUCUAAUCUCUAAAUGAAUAAUGUUCACCAGGUAUGUCGUUUUGGGUGACUUCGAAAUAGAAGUCAGCAGUAUAGUAAGAACCGAUAGUUUUUUUUUUCUUUUUCGGGCGUGGCAGUCUAAGGAGGGCUUUAUUCCACUCACCUUAAGUCUCCCUGAAAAACAGCAUUUAAUUAAGUGUCAACAGGUGUCAACGGGUUUUCUUCCGAGGUUGAAAUCUUAACUGAAAACCUUAUUUUUCAGCCAAUAUUCAUCCCUUCGAGUUAUCGCCGGGGUAAAAUUGCGUGAAAGUGAUCUAAAGGGAAACAAAAAUUACUUCAAGUUAGCGGGAGUUUCGAGUUAUCGAGGGUUCGAGUUACCGAGGAUAAAUUACAGUAAAGGAAAUCUAGGGGAAAUAGAUUCUGGUUCGAGUUAGCACAAGGUUCGAGUUAGCGAGGUUUCGAGUUAUCUGGAGUCGACUGUAGUUCACUCAGCUUGUUCAACUUUGACGGCUUUUUGUGCUGAAAAGUAUACGUCGCGGGGAUAUUGCAAACCAAUUCCUUAAUUUGUUUCUUCGUUUUCCAACAGCUGUGACGGAAAUCCUCCCUCCAUUCUUCAUGAAUAGGCCGACGAUCACUUCCUCCCGCUUUCCGGACCGUUUGUCAGACACAUCUUGCAGUAGCCUGUUCCAGGCUCUCGAUAGUAGGGCUGGCACCGGCAAAAAUAAGGCAAAAAAGCGUAAGGCACCGGCAAAAAAGUGUAAAGCACCGGCAAAAAUAUAAAAGCGUGAUCUAGGAAAAAGGGGCGGUGACGGACUAUUUUUGAGCCUGGAACAGACGUUUCAUUGCACUUGGUUGCUUUUCAGCCAAAUCGUUAAAUCGGGAGUUCGUUUACAACGAUAUACCGAUUAAACUGCUAUCCCCCUGCCAUAUCGUAAAAUCGAGCUUCCAUUUUAAUUUCAUAUUGGAAUCUGGUAACUGAAAAUUCUUUGAGAAAUAAUUUCGUUAUUUCUCUGCCAGGAAUACUUGGCCAGCAAAGGAUUCAUUCAUCGUGACCUGGCAGCCCGUAAUAUCCUACUUGGUGAGGACAGAGCGGUGAAGAUUGCUGAUUUUGGUUUAUUACGCCACGCAAAUGAGAGUGAAAUAUACGAAGUUACGAGCGUACACAAGCUACCAAUGAAAUGGAUGGCACCUGAAGCGUUGGAAAGCGGCAUUUUUACUUUCAAGACUGACGUGUGAGUAUAUGUGAACGAGGUCACAGUUAGGCCAAGCUUAGGCUUCCUGUGAUGCAGUGUGAAGUUGAGGUUUUAGAUAACAUAGACCCAGCAAUGUACUGUUUAGAACUGUCUGAAGAAAAAGAGCACAAUUUUGAUCAUGACACUGUCUACAGUAGCGCUUAUCACUCUAUCUCUAAAGAAAUACUCAAGUGUUUGGAAAACAUUAGCCUGUUCCAGACGUGAAACUUGAAAAUAAGAUUUAUAAACAGAAACUUUGAGCCGAUGAAGUUAAUCAGAGACCAUCUUGGAUCCUAGAUUCCACGCUCCACAUCCCGCAUUCCAGAUACUAGAUUCCGGAUUCCAACUCAGUGUAUUCCAGAUUUCAAAAGGCCUAGAUUCCAGAAUUUCAUAGUUAGCUGGACUUCGGAUUCCAAAGUCCACGACUCCAAGCAAAAAUUUCCUGGAUUACCAUCCAUGGGACGAGAUAAACAAAAUUAAUAUUUCUGUGAAGUUAAUUCUUGUAAUUUCUUUAUCUGCUUCCUUUUAUUGCAGAUGGUCUUUUGGAGUUGUUUUGUGGGAACUAGCAACCAUGGGUAAGCUAGUUUUAUAAAUCUUUGUAUACUGAUGCUGGUAGAAUAAUACUCUAGUCAUUUUCCUAUACCCAAGGGAAUUGAGAGGAAUCCCCAAUGACAAUAAUCAGGGAAAAGCUGACUGUUCAGUUUUCGGAUAGCAGUCACGGGAGAAUCGAACCGUUUUAUAAAAGAAGCCAUUCUUGCAUAAUGUCAUGAUUGCUAAACAACUAGAAAAAAUAACAGGCUAACUUCCGCCGCUCUCCUAGCCGUCUUUACCGGGGGGGAGCGCAGGUUCAUAAUAAUCCAGCCUAUAAGUCAUACCCUUAACAACAACUUGACCUGAUAUCACGGGUCACUUGGCGAAAUGAAUACUCAGUAAUGGUAAACUUGUACAUUACGUUAUUUUAAUACCUCCUGGAGGUUGGUAAAUUGAUAAUACAUGAUGGUCAUUGAACUGAGUGGAGAGCAAUUUGGUCUGAAAUUAUACAUGUGAUUUCACGCGGGAGUUCGAUUUGAGAUCAGAAGUAUGAUUUCAGACUAAAAUUGCACGACACGAAGUGAAAUUAUCACUUUAUUACAGCCAUUUUGAAAUCGCAGAAUUCAAUCCGUACCAACAGUGAUUGGCCGUGGCACCAGACAAGUUAGCUCGUUAUCCCCCAUACUCGUUAACAUAUAUUUUGAAGCCAUGCUAAGAGAUGCUUUAAGUGGUGUGAAUGAAGGUAUUCGAGUGGAAGGUCAUCUCAUUAAGACAGUGCGCUUUGCGGAUGAUCAAGCAACCUUAGCCAAUUCAGUUAAAGGUCUGCAACUUAUGAUGGGUAAAAUGCAGGAAAACGCGAGGGAAUAUGAUAUGAAGAUCAAUGUUAAAUCAGUAAGAGGCCUGGUGAGGAAUUCACGAUCUUUCUUGAAGGUAAACAAUUAAGUGAAGAAUCGUCGCACUUUAACUACUUUGGGAGCCCUAUUACACAGGAUGGAUCCUGUGGAAAAUAAAUUAGAUCGAGAAUAGCCUUUUUUUACUAAAAAAAAGAACUGCUGGCAAAAGCCUUCAGCGCGCUAGCCUUUGCCUGAAGAAGAGAAUUAUAAAGACUGUCAUCUGGGGUACUUUUCUGAAUGGAGCCGAAUGAUAGACCUUAAAGAAAGAGGACGUGCGAAGGCUGGAGAGCUGUGGGAUGUGGCUUUGGAGAAAGAUUUUUUAACAUAACUUGGUGUGACAAAGUCUGUAACGACGAAGUAUUGAGGCGUGUCGGCGAGGAGAGGGCGAUCAUAUCUGUUAUCAACAGAAGCAGGAGCUUGACAGAAGACAGAGAGUCUGGCUUGGUCAAACCCUACGACAUGGUGAUCAUGUCCCAUUAGUUAUUGAGGGAAGAAUACCAGGAAAGAGACCACCUGGAAGACCUCGAGCGGGAAUGCUGGAUAGAGUGAAGGAUGGCAGCUCUUACGUAGCGGUCAAGGGGCGUGCCUUAGAUCGAGAACCAUAAGGAAGGACUUGCCUGUGGGCAGAUCAAAUAGCCUGUUGAAAAGCGGAAACAAAAGGGCUUUUACAUCUCAUUUUGUAUUCGAAACAGAAAUGAGGCGAUAUAAAGCAAGGUGCGACGGUGCGACGUGGUUUAGAACAGAUGUGAUUGUGUGAUUCGUAAAUAAAUCACACUGCUGAGAGCCAAUCAGAUUGGCGGGAUCACCAGCGAUUUCAAAAUGAAAAGUUAGAAAAGCCUGAUAAUGUUUGAUAAGACAGCACUGAUCUUUAUUCUGUUAUUUUAGGGGGUACUCCAUACCCUGGGAUAAGCCCCAUGAGGCUAUGCAGUUUACUUAAAUCUGGAUAUCGGAUGGAGAAACCCAACACGUGCAGCGAUGAAAUGUAAGUCAGAAUAGAAAUAAUAAAAGACGCGCGAACAGAGGGUACGAUGAAGAACUACUUUGAUAGUCCUUCAAACAGUUUUUUUUUUUUCUAAAAUUUUCAGCCUUUUACAAGGAGUGGAAUCUGCAGCGCACCUCUUUCCUUUACGUUCCCCCAUUCUAAAAAGAGCCUAUAGAACAUAAGUGUCUUCAAUAUUCAAAGUAAAUGGAGACAUAUCUUUGUGUAGCGGUAUUUUAAACUAUGUCUUCCUUUUUCAACAGAUACAAAUUGACGAUGGACUGCUGGAAGGAGGAUCCAAAUGAACGACCCUCAUUCGUUCAACUAAUACCGAUACUGGAAGAGAUGAUGACAGAAGAUACCCCUUACUAUUAUUUCAGACUACUGGAUCAGAACCAGCCAUGUUACCGUGAGGCAUCUGCUACUAACACCAGUAAAGCUAGUACUCUUGAUACGAAGCUCUAA